AUGAACGUCGUCCCGGCGCUGGCGAAGGAGAUUGUGCGACGGCUCCGCAGCCGCACGGAUGAGGCCACGGCGCUUAGCGUCACGGAGGAGCUGGCUGCCUUUGUGGUGCGGCUGUCUCUCUUCAACUCUCCAGACACCGACGAAAAGGGCAACGUUGCGGCCGCGCCGGAGGCGAUUGAGUCGAUGGCAGAAAAAAUAUCGAGCUACCUUGCCGCUUGUUCGCCGCACGUGUUGGCGACCCUCUCGCUGCAGUGCCAAACGGCGGCGCUGCGCGGCAGCUUCGCGAGCAAGCGUCGCAAUGAGCAGGUGAAGCAGGAGGCGGUCACGCUGCGUCUGCUGGGCUCUCUCUGUGAGAACUCCACAAGAAUGCCGGAGGAGAUACUUAGCGAGAUUGCCUUUUUUAUCCUGCACCGCUACCGUCAACUGAACGCCACUCAGGGGAAGGUGGGGCCGCGGAAGGAGACAGCGGCGGUCCUGAACGCCGUGCUGCCGCGCUCGCAAGUGCGUGCCUUUGCAAACCAGACGGCGGAGGAGAAGAAGCGGCAGUUGGAGGAGCUGCGCCGCAUUGUGUGGGGUAUUCGCCUGUACAACAAAGUGGAGGGACGGACCGCGGGGAUUGGCCUGCUGGCGCUGAGGGAAACCGCGGAGAAGUCUCUGAAUGAGUUGGGUAGCCGCAUUUCCGAGGAACUUCACUCCGCGGCCACCGUUUGCUCCGACUACGUGAAGUUUCUCCGCUCCCCCUCGGCGCCCGUCGGCAACCCCGCGAGGCAGGCGAUCUGCGAGGAGUACCACCGUCAGCUGCAGUUUCUGCUAAACCUGCGCACGGCACGAGAGCAGCUGGACGCCCUCUCCGCCCGCAUCCACACCGACUUCCUCCCCGCGUACGACAAGGCGCUCGCGGAGCUGCAGGCGGUGCUUGGGGUGGGCUCGAUGCGUUCCGACGGCGUCACGCUGCGCAGUCGCGUGCCGAAGCGCACCGUCUACCCCAAAUUUAUUGCUCUUGCAGAGGCCUACGAGGAGGCGGAGCAGAGCCUUGACGGGUUUGAGGAAAUCCAGGCCCUGCUGGACGUCUCCCUCUCUCUUGGCAAGUUACAAGAUACCUCGCUGCCGCCAACCAUCCUGGCGGAAACCGUGACCGCCUCGAAGGAGACCACGGCGGAUCGUGCCGCCAUCGCGGCUGCCGUCGCAACUGCCGCGGCCCCGCAGGGGGCGCAGGUGCUCCUGCAGUACGCCAAGGAUGCUAGCGAGCUGGCGCAGCACAGUGCGUCGCGGGCUAUGAACGGGCUGUGUCUGGUGAGCCUCGUGGAGGACGGCAUUUGCGUGGAGGGGCGCACGAGCGAGGCGGACGACGCGUUCGCCGGCUUUGUUGUUUGCUCGCCGCCGGACAGCGCUCGAGGCGACUGGUACGCCUUUUGCUCCGAAUACGCGCUACGGCGUUUUGUGGGGGCGCCGCUGCGGUUCAUUGAGGGGGCGCAGCACCUGGUGCAGGAGGAUUUGGUGCUCGCCGGCCUCCUCGACCUCCUCAGGCAACUCCCGCGCGAGUUGUACAUCAAAGGCACCCGCACCUACGAGCCACGCGGGAGCCUCGUCGCGGCGGCGGAGCGCCACGACGCCUGCACGCAAACAGGGCAAAGAGACCCCUACAUGGACCACAAUUACCGCUGGAACGAGUGGGACCUGCGGCGCCAGGCGCUGAAGCUCGUCAACCUCCUCGACAUGCGCACCCACUCGACGCAAACGAUAGCCUCGCACUUCCGCCGCGACAACACCACGCAGGUGCGGCCUCCGCGCGACGACGCGACGCAGACGAUGCAGGACGCCGCGGUGCAGCCACCACGUACGGCGCAGUACCUGAAAGGGCUGCGGGGCACCCAGACCUCCGCGAUAGAGACUGUCCAGCGAGCCUUCCUCUACUAG